AUGGCGGACCUCCUCCGUACCGACGAAACCUCGCCGUUUCUUCAGCAGCCGCCGGUUGCCAGCUCAGUGUCUCACGACAGCGACGGCACCCCGGUGGCCGCACGGAAACUCACGCUCUUCAAUGGCCUCGCCAUCGUCAUUAGUCUUCAGAUUGGUUCCGGAAUCUUCAGCGUCCCCUCGCAAAUCAGCCAGUUCGUCACGGCUCCGGGGUACGGGCUACUAGCAUGGCUUUUCGGCGGUCUGCUCGUCUGGACCGGCGCAGCAUCCUUCAUCGAGCUCGGGCUCCGGAUCCCGAACAACGGCGGCAUCCAGGAAUACCUGCGUGCCUGCUACGGCGAGUUCGCCGGCUUCCUGUUCACGUGGGUGUGGUGCAUCAUCAUCAAGCCCGCGGCGAACUCUAUGAUUGCGACGAUUUUCGCUGACUAUCUCACCGAUCCCUUCGUUACGGACCAGAAGGCGCUGCCGUCGUGGAUAUCAAAGGUUGUGGCGGCGGGUUGCAUAGUGGUCAUGACACUCGUCAACUGCAUGGGCGCAACCGCGGGCGCCAAGGCGGCUAACUUGUUUCUGUUCCUCAAGAUGACGGCUCUUGCUACUAUCAUCAUUCUCGGCUGUGGUGUCUGGGCCUUUGGCCAUGGGGAUGGAGUUCCAUCAUCUGAAUAUGGCUGGUUUGGACAGGCUCCCGAGCAACGUGAAGUCGGUAUCUGGGAGUGGCUUGGAGACUUCGGAACAGCAACAUUUGGGGCAUUGUGGUGUUACGCCGGUUGGGAAAUGGUUGGCUUUGUUUUGGGAGACAUGAAGAAUCCCAGAAGAGAUCUGCCCAUUGUGAUCAAUGGCUCUAUGAUUAUAGUGAUUAUCGGUUUCAUGCUGAUGAAUGCUGCUCUGUAUGUCUGUCUGCCCAUGAGCGUUAUGCGGACAAGCAGCACCGUUGCAGUACUGAAGCCCUUCAGAAAGUUGACCUGGGUUUAG